CCCUAGCAACAGGCAAGUAUAUCUGCUUCCUCGUUGCAGUCCGGUUAGAAGAUUCGCGGGGAAAUUUAUGGUUUCGAUCCCUUUCUCAAUAAGCCCAACAAAGGAAACGGACAGGAACAAGAAAAGAAAGACCAAGGCGAAAGAAGCCCUGAAGAUUGUUGCUCGCGAUGGCUCUCAAGCACAAGGCCCUCAUGGUGUUGUUCCCGGGGUUCAACACUCUUGACAUGAACGGGCCGUUCGAGGUCCUAACCCGCGGCGAUCUGUUCGAGGUGGUGACGGCAGCCGAGAGCGACAUCACCAGGAGCUCCGAGGGCGUCCAGGUCAAGAGAGACGUACCUCUGGACGACGCCCUGAUUGAUAAGCUGCACGAGUUCGACGUCCUCGUCGUCCCCGGCGGCCCGGGGUCUCAGGUCAUGGCACAGGCCGAUGCGGACAAGAGCUCGUUCUUGCCCCUGAUUGACAAAUUUGCGGGCAUCGGCCCGCGCCCGUCGGCCUCGCACCCGCGCCUUCUCCUGUCCGUCUGCACGGGCGCCCUCUUCCUCGGCAAGCUCGGCGCCUUCAACGGGAUGCACUGCACCACGCACUGGGCCUACUACAAGGAGCUGGCGCGGCUCAACGAGGAGUCGGCGGCGGCGGCGGCGGCGGCCGGGGGUUCGCCGUCGGAGGCCGCCGGCAAGGUGCUGCCGGCGCGGUUCGUGGACGCGGGCGUCAACGGGCGCGGCGUCCGCGUCGUCAGCUCGGGCGGCGUCAGCUGCGGCAUCGACGCCGCCCUGCACGUCGUCAGGGUCUUUGCGGGCGAGGCCGCGGCGCGGGAGGCGGCCGAGGGGCUGGACUAUGCGUGGCGCAAGACGGACGGGGUCGUGCUGGGUUAGAUGUGUUUGGGGGGCCGGCGUCGGUUCAUUUUUUUUUUUUUUCUGCUUCUGUUUCAUCCCCACCGUCUGCUUGCUCCCCGACGCUUCUUCGGUGAAAUGGCGUUGACAAUUUCGGCGAGCGUCCGUAUUCCCCCUAUCUUGGCUAGGCACGGGCGAGAUUGUGUGCUCACUAAGAACCCGCCACGGCGGGCUCAGCCGCUUUUUGGGGCUGUAAAAGGUGCGAGUCUGACAGCGUAGCCUGGGGGAAGCUUUUGGUUGGCACGCAGGGAUCUAUCUACCUAGCCACAUGCAAUAAUUUCCCCAUCCGGCCCGUCUGACGCCCCCGUCCUGCGGUGAUAU